AAAGUUCAGCUGGAAACUGAACACUGUAAUGGCAAUUUCUUACCUUUAGAUGGAGACAAUGCACACUAAUGCUAGAUAACCCUCAAAGAGGUCAGAUUUUGCUGCAUUUACUUCAACUUCAAUCAAACCAAUCAAUGCCGUCAUUUCCUUUAUAAAUCUGACAGGAAAAGGCAAGUCACCAUACUGAUAAAUAUAUGCAUUUAACUAGGAAAAUCUCUAAAGGGGUAAUUCAGUAGUGAUAUAUGCAAACAAUACGGUUUAGUAGCUAAUAUAAAUCUUUCAAUAAGGUUCCUGAAGGACCUGCUUUCCCAAAGCUUUUAAAUAUGAAAAGACAGUGGUCUAACUUUCAUAAAAUAAAAUGAGUCUUUUUGCCCGCAGCCUGAUCUGAAUUCCAAACAACUUCAUAUUAUAGGCUGCAUCACAUGAUAAGGUCGUUAGUCUAAUAACUCUUCAAUAACUGAUUCCGCAGGUGCAUAAUUAAAUUCACACUCUGAAAGAUGAGCUCCGAAAAUAAGCAGCAAUCAACGUGAUGUAUAAUAAUAAGCUACGUAUUCAAGUGUCACUCGCGGGUUUGCCACCAAAGAUCAUUUAUUAGGCUCUCUAAUUAACCAUUGUCACUUAUUUCACAUUAUAUUUCAUUCCUACACUUUACUUUUUGUUCUUCCUUUGCUUUUUUGCGCCCAGAUUCUUUGUAAUAAAUUGGAAGGGACGAUUACAAGAAACGCAGCCGUAUGCAAGUAAUGGGAAAGUAUGUCAACUAGUUUACCGAAUUAAAUUGUCUUCUUAAUCAUCCAGGAAGGAUUUGCUCAUUAAAAGAAGUGAAUCACGGUUCUGACUGUGAUCAGAAUAGAACAGGCACACAUUUGAUCAAAUUGUUAGGGAAAUCAAUCAUUUUCAGCCUAGGAUUUUUCUGUAAAAUUAGUUUUACGUAGCUGGGGCUAGAUAAACCAGCUAGAUAACUUUCUCCAACUAUCCGACCCUACCUUGACCCCGAAAGUCUGAAAUAACCUAGAUAGUUUUAUUAAUAGGCUACUGGCUAUAAAAACUGCAUCUGCAAAAUAUCUUGUAUAUAUAAUUCUCACAAGAGCAUGAUUAGCUCAAAUCAAAUUCACUGGGCAAAUUUUUUCAGUUUCACUUGUAAUAAAAAAAACGAAACAUUCAAAUUCCCUAAAACCACGCAGCGCCCUUUUAAACCAGUUUUUAUUUACUUCCUGAACGCGUCUGCAGUAAACAGUAUACAGAAUGAGGAAACUGUUUCAACUAUUCAGCUGAAAGAACCAGCAGCGUUAGUUAUUGUUGAGCUGUUGUUUGUGUGGUUUGGUCUGUAAUCUUAAAAUGGCAGAAGGCAGUAUUUCGGUGGAACAGGACCAGUUCUCCUGUCCAGUGUGUCUGGAUCUACUGAAGAAUCCAGUGACCAUCCCCUGUGGACACAGUUUCUGUAUGAGCUGUAUUACACACUGCUGGAAUCAGGAGGACUGGAAGGGAUUGUACACAUGUCCUCAGUGCAGACGGACCUUCGCUCCGAGACCUGCCCUGUGUAAGAAUGUGAUGUUCGCCAAAAUGGUGGAGAAACUAAACAUGACUAAACUGCAAGCUGCCGUUCCUGCUGGUCAUUUUGACCGCCGUGAAGAAUUUCGUUCGGGUAAACCACACAAAGUGACCGGACGACUGCAGCAGACGCUCUGUCCUCAACAUCAUAAACAACUGGAAAUGUACUGCCGGACUGACCAGAAGUAUAUCUGUUACUUGUGUGCAGUGGAUGAACACAAACACCACACGACUGUCGCAGCGUUAGAUGAGAGGACGGAGAAACAGAAACAUCUGGAACAAACACAAAGAGACUUCCAGCAGAGAAUCCAGCUGAGAGAGAAAGACCUUCAGGAGCUGAGAGAGGUUGUGAAGACUCAUCAGUGCUCUGCACAGAAAGCAGUGGAGGAGAGUGAGAGGAACUUCAAUGAACUGAUCAUCUUCAUUGAGAGAAGCCGCUCUGAGGUCACACAGAUCAUCAGAGAUCGGGAAAAAGCUGCAGUGAGUCGAGCUGAAGAACGCAUGAAGAAACUGGAGCAGGAGAUUGGUGAUCUGAAGAGUAGAAACACUGAACUGGAGAAGCUUUUACAAACAGAUGAUCACAUCCAUUUCCUACAGAGUGUCGAGUCUUGCUCUGUUCCUCCACAAACUACAGAUGUGUCCAGAAUCACAGCCAGUUCUCACCUUUUGUACAAUGAUGUGGUAAAAUCUGUCCUUCUGCUAAAGAAGAAUCUUGAGCAUUUCUGCAAAGAAGUGAUAGACAAGAUAUCUUGUACAGGUAAAGUCACUGAAGAAUCAUCACAUGCAACAUACAUGCAAGACAUUCAGAUCAUUUCCACUUCUGAGGAGAGAAUACAGUCACCACAGCAACGGUCCCGGGCCCCGAUGUCAGGGUCUCCAACUGGUCGUCCCCAAAAUGUAUGGUCACAAAGCAGAUCCUUAUCAGAUUCAAAGUACUGGCAUUUCAUGGAAUAAAAGUCUCGACCCAGAGCCUCCACUUUACCAGGAUCGUGUGUCAGACCCUCCAGAGGUCACGCUGCUCAACUGCUGUGUUAAUGGAAGUUCAUAGCUGAAGCACAUGCAUAUUUGUUUAAAAUUAAUAUUUAGUUUAAAAGCACAAGAAUAUUUUUUUAGAAAUGUACUUACUGGUAAUGUAUUACUGGUAUAUUCCUAUUUUAAUGUUGGAAAUCUACAUAUAUUUAUUCAUUGUAUUAUCAUCUUUGUAUAACUUCAUAAAUGUUGCAGGAAAUAUAUUUACCAUAUCUUUAGGCAUUUAUGUAUCUAUGUAUGCAAUUAUCUAUCUAGAGAACUGGUAGAAAUUUAGUCAUCUGUUUUGGUCUUGUAAUCUUUUGCCAAUGCCGUCGUUUUUCUAUUUAGAUGAAUUAUUUGUAAGUGCAGGUGAAGCUGGUUGAUGUGGUUAUUAAAGAUUUCUUAUUCGUUUGC